AUGCGCGUAGUUCAGGACACACACGUCGACAACUCUACCCCUCGCGUCCUGUACUCUGACGGAUCUCUUCUGAACUCGGGAACGCUAGAAGUAUCCCAGGCCUUUGGAGUGGUGGAUCUCACUCAGGACAACCCUCUGACAGUACAAGGACGAACGGACGGUCACGCAUCCUCGGCUAAGGCCGAGCUCAUGGGCUUAUUAGCCGCAGUCUUGUCAGCACCACCGGAACAGGACAUUGUGGUCAAGCUGGACAAUCAGUCAGUGGUGGAACAGUAUAGUCGCCUGGUGAAGAAUCGUCGGGACACCUUACCGAGGAAGCGAUUCAGGAGUACAUAUGCGGGUAUCUGGGCGGUGCUUUGGCAGGCUGUGGAAUCUCGGCCAGGCAGGGUCGAAGUGGUGUGGAUCAAAGGUCACAGCAACAUCCACGGAAACGAACUUGCGGAUCAGGCGGCGAAGGUGGCAGCACAGAGUGGUUCAGUGCCCUGGAUGGUGGAUCUCACUCAACAGACGGAUAUCACGACCUUUGCACAUUGUUACGGCGGGAUUGUUGAAAUCGAUCUACGUCAGCUCCUCAAACAACAAUCGACAAUCCGUCACCAUCAGGCCUGGACGUCACAGAGGCGGGUCAAGAGGGCGAUCCCUGACAUCGAUGACGUGGAAUGGAACUCGACCUUGGCUUAUGUCCACGACAGGCACGCAGUCUUCACCUUUUACAGCAACAGCAAGGACUCUCACCAACGCACACAUCAUAUCAAAAAGCUGCAUGGAAUGCUGCCCACUCUGAACUCCAUGCAGGCUCGCAAGCCCAACCUGUACCCAACAUGCGUGUGCCGACGAUGCGAGCUCGAGAAGGAGGAUAACAAUCACGUCUGGAAAUGCCCUUCGGCAGCUGAGACCACCACUGAGAUCUGGAAGGAGGCCAUGGGCAAGAUUAAUGAGUGGGGUGUGCAGGCGACAAACAGCUACAACGCAGCCAGGAAGCGGGAAUACAAACGCGCGGUGGACAGAGGUCGUCAGACAGUCCUUCACAAGUUUGUUGGCUACCUGGAGGCGCAGGCCUCGGAGCUGAUCUGGAAACCUCGGUGCUCCGCGACGAUCGCGUGGGAACAAAGCCAGGGCAUCUCUGCCAAGGACAAGACAUCCAAAUACACAGGCCCCCGAGGUGACUGGAGUCAAGGAUACGGUUACAUCACGCACGAUGGUUUCUCGACAAUUGUUGCGCAGAGCCAGGUUCUGGACCGGACUGCGACUGGCGGAUGGUGCACUGAAGAGUUUGGUCUGUAG